CGUGACGAAUGAAACCAACCAAAUUGCAUUUGGGUAAGGAGAAAGGAAGAAAAGAGAGCAAAAAUGGCUCUCGUCGUCUGUUUCACUCCCGUUACUGCUUCUCCUCUCUCUGCUUCUUCUUCUUCCUCUUCUUCUUCAUUCUUAUCGGCUACUGCUAUUCCAACUAUUUCCAGGCUGCAAAUUAAACCCAUUGAUCUGCACCCAAAUUCAUUCAGUGGAGUUCGACUUCAGAUGCCAUUUGUUGUCAGCAGAAGUUGUUCUGUAGUUGUCAAAGCUUCUUCUGAAAGUAGCGAGGCCCUGUCGGAUGGAAAAGAAGAGGCGGUCUCGGUUGACAAACUUCCAUUGGAGUCAAAGCUGCAAGAGAGGUUGGAGCAGAAGCUGAAGAUGAAAUUGGCUAAGAAAAUAAGGCUGCGGAGGAAGCGUCUUGUUCGGAAGCGUAGACUGAGAAAGAAGGGCCGAUGGCCUCCUUCAAAGAUGAAGAAGUUGAAGAACGUCUGAUCCACCUCAAGAUUUAAUCUUCUUGCAGGUUUAGUUCUGACCACCUUUUGCUUCUAAUGUUGUUUCCAUUUGAAAAUUUGAAACGUAUAUGAUAUCAUUGUAAUUUCAUUUGUUCGAUUUUGAAUGGAUUUAUUGCUGUUUAUUAAAAUUCAAAUUCUGAGUAUAGACAUUUA